AUGGCUGUUCCUCGCCGCCAGUCUCUCGCCAUGCUUUACGCUGCCCUCCGGUCGGACGAAGACGAUCCCUACGAUAUUAUCAAAGAAGCUGGCGACAUUUUCGAGGACGAAGACCAGCCUUUCCUGUCGAGGAGUGCCUCGACGACAGAAACCGGCUCAGAGUUUUCAUUUUCGACGCCAUCACCUCGCUUUGAGUUAACUCGACUUGAACGCGACCAUCUGCAUGAUGAAGAAACUGGCUCAGACAGCGAUUCGGACAGCGACGACGACUCGGAUAUCGAGCCCAUGAACCUGAGCAGUGAGAUUUGCGUCAUAGUUGAUGAGCCCGGAUUCAUACCACACCGUGAACAAUCUCCUGAAAUAAGCAACCAUAUUGAGUCUGGCAUCAGCGUGGAGCCUUCUCGACGCGUCAAAUCACCCCCAACAACGCGUCUACGAGUACCAGUUUUCAACGACGAACCCCUUUCAGAUGGCGAGAGUACGGGAGACGCGUCAGACGACGAGUAUAUGCCAUCGCCCAAGCUGAUUCCUCGAAAACGCGCUCGAAGCUCAUCACCGGCCCGUCUUCCUUCUGCCCCAUAUCGCGCUUUCUCCGAUCCUCCAGCCCAGUCAACCAGUACAGAGUCUGGUCGACCCGCCAAACGCGCCCGUCCGCCUCCAGUAUCUCGUAACCGGCAAACCACUCUCGCAGAGGUUCAACAGGCCGAGGCGUCUGACGAGUAUGCCGACUUCAAAUGCCAAGUUUGUGGGUGGAUUCAGCAUAACAAGCGCAUUCCCGACUUCAAGCGCCAUGUCAAAACCCACCAGCGCGAGGCAGAUGAUCAGGCCAAUCGUGGCUGGUGUUGCGUUGGGGUUCUCGUCGGUGACGCCAGACACUAUUCCAGAAUCAGUAGGGGCGCAGAGAUCUACACCCAUCUUGGCCAGCAGAGAAUCGGAGGGUGUCGCAAGACGUUCAGUCGACGAGACGCGCUGAAACGCCACCUGGAGAACUCCAACCUCAAAUGUGUAAGCGAAAUUUUGGCCCCCACCGAAGAGUAG